AUGAACGCGACGAAGCGCAAGUUUAAGGAUUUGCUUCAAGGUCUAAGCAGCCCUGGCCCAACUUCUCCCGACAAAGAAGUCGACAAGAUGAGCAGUAGUCCUCGAUAUGGCACCGGUACGGCAAGCAAUGAUACGAUUCUUCAGAAACGAAGGCGAUUAGGAUUUCCCGAAUCGAUGACUCCCACGCUAUAUAGCCCAUCGCACACCACCACAUUUUCCAAUGUGGUGCUCAGGAAAUCUAGUUCGCAACUAAAUAGCAAGGCAACGAGCCAUAGUCCAGCCAAAUACUGCCCCGGGGACAGAGAUGAGUUGCUCAAACGGUUGGCAACAUUCCAGGAAAUCACGGAUUGGACACCAAAGCCUGACAAGGUCAACGAAAUAGAAUGGGCGAAACGAGGAUGGAUAUGUCAGGGGAAGGAGAAGGUUCGAUGUGUAUUAUGCCACAAAGAGCUCGUGGUGAAGCUGAAUCGGAAGGAAGAGGAGGGUAAAGAGGUGCCAGUAUUGGUAUCUUCUGAGAUCGCGGAGGCAUUGGUGGAUAAAUACUCCGACCUUAUUGUAUCAUCGCAUCAGCAAGACUGCUUGUGGCGGAAGCGUGGUUGUGAGGACUCUUUAAUUCGCCUCUCAUUCUCAAAUGCGUCGACAACGCUGGCCCAGCUACGGCAACGGUAUGAUGAACUGUGUGCCAGGUCUCCUUUUCUUCCAUACGAAUUCAACCUACGCCUUCCAGAUGAAGUUGACAUCGACAAUGUCCUCUCUCAACUUCCGCCCGACUUCUUUUCUGAGCCCCCACCGGUUGUCGACAAGUCUGGGGCAGUGGCCACCGACAAGCCGCCCAACAGAGCUGCGCUGGCGCUGGCAUUGAUGGGUUGGCAGGGUCUUACAAAUUCGCGUAUAGGGCCGGUGCCCAACUCAGCAUCGUGCCACACCUGCUUGCGAAGGUUAGGACUGUGGAUGUUUAAGAGCAAGGAAGUCGAUGAAGGGGGCCAAGUUGUAGUGCCGGCCCCAAUGGAUCACUUGGAUCCGCUCCGAGAACACCGUUUCUUUUGCCCUUGGAAGAAUCCGCAAGCUCAAAGUCGAGGUGGUGUUAUGUCUAAUGGAAAGGACAGUCUGACAGGCUGGAGGACCUUGGUCCAGACUAUAAAGAACGAAUCAGACUUGCGAAAUCUUUACAGCGGGAAAUCAAAAAGAACAGGACAGUUGCAGGAGCAGAGGCUAGCGUCACCAAGCCCUGUGAGGGGAAUGCCUGGCACGCCUGGCACGCCUGGGUCGCCCAGCCCAAUCACUCCUGGUCCGAAGAUGAAUAUUGAUGCGUCAUCAACAGGGACACCCCAGACAAAUGCCGGUGAUGACGAGGAGAAGACUCGAGAAGCAAAGGACAAGGAGCGGUGGGCAAGGUUGAGAAAGGUGAAGAGCUUGUUCGACACCAAAGGUUCAAGAAAGUUUCGGCGGGAGUUGGGUCGACCUGGCACCGGCCACUCCAACAAGUCCACGACGGGGACAUGA